AUGGCAAAGAAGGCUACGAACUGGAAACUGUGGGGGAAGAUGAUGCUCGGCGGAGGAGCCAUUUGCGUUGGCGGCCCGGCCUUCACCAUGUGGGUAUCGCCGACGGAGGAGGAGCUGUUCAAGAGAUACAACCCCGAGCUGCAGGCGAGAAGCCUGGCCAACCGCGAGAAGACGCAGGCCGAGUUUGACCAGUUUGUCACGAAGUUGAAGGAGUACUCAAAGUCGGACAAGCCGAUUUGGGUAGUACGGGACGAGGAUAUCGAGAGACAGAGGUUGGCGCGGGCCGAAGAGCAAAGGAGAAGGGAAGCCGAGCUGAAGGCCCAGCAAGACACGAUGAGAAGAGAGUCGGGGCUUUCGAAUGAUCUGGACUGA